CUAACCCGACCACAAUCUUCGCAAUCUUCUCGUACAAUCUUCGCCAUUCUUCGGUCACCUUGAGAAUUACGCGCCAUCUUUGUUCUCCAGUCAAAAGCAGUUGAAGGCACGUGAAGAAGUUCAGAAAAGCCAAAAAAAUGCCGUCAGAGGAAGAUAUUUCAAGUGAAAGCAGUGCUGAGUCAAGUGAUGAACAGUCAGUGGAGAAGAAUGACGAAGCAUAUGAGGAGAAGAAACCGGGUACAUCAAAAACUGGCAGAAAAGCACAGAUAGCACCAGAAGCAUCAAAAGGUUAUGAGGAAAAAAUUGAAAAAGAUCGUGCGACAAGGUUCAACUUCCUUCUAGCCAAGACGGAGAUUUUUUCUCAUUUUAUGAAUCCCACAAGUGGAAAAAAACCAAAAAGUCCUUUAAAGAUGAAAGCACCAGAUUUUCCAUCUCCUGGCAAAAAGACAUCUGAUGCUGGAGAUCAUCGCCACCGUCAUACUGAACAAGAAGAGGAUGCUGAAUUACUGGAGCAAUCUAAGCAUCAAAAAGCCAUUGUCCACUUUGAACAAUCACCUUCAUUUAUUAAGAAUGGUGAGAUGAGAGAUUAUCAGAUUCGUGGCUUAAAUUGGAUGAUAUCAUUGUUUGAAAAUGGCAUUAAUGGAAUUCUUGCUGAUGAAAUGGGUUUGGGAAAGACUCUUCAGACCAUUUCUUUGCUUGGAUACUUGAAAGUAUUUCGUGAUGCUGCAGGUCCCCAUUUGGUUAUCGUCCCAAAGUCAACAUUGGCCAAUUGGAUGUCAGAAUUCAAGCGAUGGUGUCCAGCAAUUAAUGCAGUCUGUCUCAUUGGAUCACGUGAUGAAAGGGUUGCGUUCAUCAGAGAUGUUAUGUUACCUGGGGAGUGGGAUGUAUGUGUGACCUCAUAUGAGAUGUGUAUCAGAGAGAAAAGUGUUUUCAAGAAAUUCUCCUGGAGAUAUGUGGUCAUUGAUGAGGCUCACAGAAUAAAAAAUGAGAAAUCAAAGUUAUCCGAGAUGGUGAGAGAAAUCAGAUCACAGAAUAGAUUAUUAUUGACUGGAACGCCAUUACAGAACAAUCUUCAUGAACUUUGGGCAUUGUUAAACUUUUUACUUCCGGAUGUAUUCAGUUCAGCAGAGGAUUUCGAUGCGUGGUUCAAUUCCAAUAAUCUUGUUGAAGAGAAGCAACUUGUUGACAGACUUCAUUCGGUUCUGAGACCGUUCUUGUUACGACGUCUUAAAGCUGAUGUCGAAAAAGGACUUCUGCCAAAGAAAGAGACGAAGAUUUACGUUGGACUCACGAAAAUGCAGAGAUCUUGGUAUACGAAUAUCUUAAUGAAAGACAUUGACAUCGUGAACGGUGCUGGAAAGACUGACAAGAUGCGGUUACUGAAUAUUUUGAUGCAGCUAAGAAAAUGUUGUAAUCAUCCGUAUCUCUUUGAUGGUGCAGAACCAGGUCCACCAUACACUACAGAUCAGCAUUUAGUGGACAACUCUGGUAAACUUCGUGUUCUUGAUAAACUGUUGCCUAAACUGCAAGAGCAAGGCUCCCGUGUGCUGAUAUUUAGCCAAAUGACCAGAGUAUUGGACAUUUUAGAAGAUUAUUGCUUGUGGAAACAAUAUCAUUACUGCCGUCUGGAUGGUCAAACACCACACGAGGAAAGACAAGAGUCCAUAAAUGAUUACAAUAUGCCUAAUAGUGAGAAGUUUAUUUUUAUGUUAAGUACCCGAGCUGGUGGACUGGGUAUUAAUCUAGCGACAGCUGAUAUUGUUAUACUGUUCGAUAGUGAUUGGAAUCCACAAGUUGACCUGCAAGCUAUGGACCGUGCCCAUCGUAUUGGUCAAAAGAAACAAGUUCAGAUCUUUCGCUUUAUCACAGAGAGUACCGUUGAAGAACGUAUCGUUGAAAGAGCAGAAAUGAAGUUACGCCUUGAUAAUGUUGUUAUUCAACAAGGGCGUUUGGUGGAUCCUAAUUUAAAAGUUGGUAAACAAGAAAUGUUGAGCAUGAUUCGACAUGGUGCGGACGAGGUUUUCGCUUCGAAAGAUUGCGAAAUAACUGAUGAGGAUAUUGACGUGAUCCUAAAGAGAGGUGCUGUCAAGACUGCUGAAUUAGAGGAAAAAAUGAAACAGUUUGGUGAAAGUACAGCAAAGAAACUCACUUUUGACUCUGUUCCGGUCGAAAGUAUAUUUCAUUUUGAAGGAGAGAAUUAUAAAGAAAAACAAAAGUUUCCUGGCGUAUCCCACUGGAUUGAACCACCAAAACGGGAGCGCAAAGCCAACUAUGCAGUCGAUGCCUACUUUAGGGAGGCUCUUCGUAUUACCGAGCCUAAAGCUCCCAAGGCUCCUCGUCCACCGAAACAGCCCAACGUACAGGAUUAUCAGUUCUUCCCACCACGACUUUUCGAGUUAUUGGACAUGGAAAUCUACGCUUUCAGAAAAAACAUUGGGUACAAGGUACCACGUGACCCUGAAGAUCCAAAUGGUGCUCAGAAUCAGAAGGAAGCUCAGAGAAUGAUCGAUGAAGCUGAACCACUAACGGAAGAGGAGAUUGCAGAAAAAGAAAAAUUACUGGAAGAGGGUUUCACGAAUUGGUCAAAGCGAGACUUCAAUCAAUAUAUCAAGGCAUGUGAGAAAUAUGGUCGAGAUGAUAUUGAUAAUAUUGCACACGAUAUUGAAGGAAAAACACCUGAGGAGGUGCGUGCAUAUUAUGAAGUGUUCUGGGAGCGAAAGGAAGAACUACAGGAUUUGGAGAAGAUAAUGGCCCAGAUUGAAAGGGGGGAGGCAAAAAUACAAAGAAGAAUUAGUAUUAAGAAAGCACUUGAUGCAAAGAUGGCAAGAUAUCGUUCACCGUUCCAUCAAUUGAGAAUAGCAUACGGUACAAAUAAAGGAAAGAAUUAUACUGAAGAGGAAGACAGAUUCUUGAUUUGUAUGCUUCAUAAACUUGGCUUGGAAAAAGAAAAUUCAUACGAUGAACUACGUAUUGCGUGUAGAAGUGCUCCGCAAUUUAGAUUUGACUGGUUUUUAAAAUCAAGAACCGCACAGGAACUUCAGCGAAGGUGCAAUACGUUGAUUACUUUGAUUGAACGAGAAAUGUUAGAGAUUGAAGAAAAAGAGAAGAAAGAGCGAAAACGUGGUCAGAAACCUGGAAAUACCAAGACUCCUCAACAAAAGCGAAAAGCUGAUGGCACACCAGAUGGGCGAGGACGAAAGAAAAAGAAACAAUAAAAUGGUUAUAGUAAAAACUUUCAAAGGGUCGUUCAUGUUAAUAAGGAUCGUUAAAUGUUAAUAAUUACGUGUACAUACAUUAGCUGAAAUCGUUUUAGGGAGAUUCACGCUUUAUAGAAUUUUACACUCGAUUUGUACCUAUAAUGAAUGGAAAUAUUUCAGAAACAUGUGGUAUACAGUAUAAGUUUUAUUGAAGAAACAGUACAGCAACAGGUUCAGUAUUACCAGAAUUAAUAGUCGUGCUCUUUAAUGAUCUAUUUACCUGCGCAUAGGCUCGGCAAAGUUAGGAAUUUUAACUGACCACAAAUAUAAUUUUUCG